AUGCUACCGGUGGUUCUAGCCGGGUUAUGGCUCGCCGGGAGCGCGUCGGCGAGUUUGGGGGAUCGCUUGCCUGAGUUUCGGGAGUGUGUUGCGGAGUGCAUUACGACCAAUUGCGGCUCCAAAGGCCUACACAUUCCCAUCAUCAACCGCCUCCUCCUCUGGGACUGCCCGUCCGAAUGCGACUAUGCCUGCCAACACAUCAUCACCGACCGACGGAUCGCUCGCGAGCCGCCGUACCUGCAGCCCGUGCUCCAGUUCCACGGGAAAUGGCCUUUCCACCGCCUGCUCGGCGUCCAGGAGCCCUUCAGCGUGCUCUUCUCGCUCUUCAACCUGCUCGGGCAUCACUGGGGCGUGGGGCAGAUCCUCGCACACAUCCCCGCGCGUUACAGCCUGCGGAGAUAUUACCUGCUGCUGGGGUACUUGGGGAUGGCGAGCUGGGUGUUCAGCAUGGUCUUCCACACGCGCGACUUCGGCGUGACGGAGAAGCUGGACUAUUUCGCCGCGGGGGGGAGUGUGCUGUACGGGCUGUACUAUGCGCCGGUGCGGAUCUUCCGGUUGGACAGGGGCGCCGCGGUCGAGGAGGGCGCGGGCAGGCGCAGGCGGAAUGCGAGCACGAGGAAGGACACCGUGCUGCGGGUCUGGACCGUGCUGUGCCUGGCGGCGUAUCUGGCGCACGUGUCGUACCUGUCGUUUGUGCGCUUCGAUUACACGUACAACAUGGCGGCCAAUGUGGUCGUGGGCCUGCUGCAGAACAUCCUCUGGACGAGCUUUGCCAUCUACCGCUAUCGCAAGACGCGCCAGGGCUGGACGCUGUGGCCGGCGUAUAUCGUCAUGAUCGUGGCGUCGGCGAUGAGCUUGGAGUUGUUCGAUUUCCCGCCUUGGUUGGGCAUGUUGGACGCGCACUCGCUGUGGCAUCUCGGGACGGUGGGACCUGUGAUAUGGUGGUACUGCUUUCUCAUCAAGGAUGCCCGUGAUGAUCUGCAGAAAGAACGAUUGAAGGCGUAA